CGCUCUUCAUGAGACGCACGCGCAACAAAAACGAGACAUCCAGUGAUGUCCGGGAAAAAAUAUAAACUGUUCGUAAAAACAAAAUAACAAAAGUGAAUCUUUGUCAAAAAACUUUCUAAAAUUCAAAUUUUAUCAAAUUUUUGAUAAGCUGAUACAAAAAAUACUGAAAAACUCCAAUGUCAAAAUUAAUUAAAAAGUAAAAUUGUGUAAAGAAGUAAAAUGACUUUAAAAGUAGCAACGGAAUUUGAGCCGAGUGAAACGAAACGCAUAGUGAAGAAUGUGGUCAUCAUCAGUUUGGCGUUUAUGGUUCAGUUCACGGCGUAUGGUGGUGCUGCAAAUCUUCAAAGCUCCAUAAAUGCUGAAGACGGCCUUGGAAUGAGCUCGCUGGCGGCUGUCUACGCGGGACUCUUUUUAUCCAAUAUAUUCCUACCAACGGCCGUAAUAAAGUGGAUAGGCACAAAAUGGGCGAUAUCACUCUCGUUUCUGACCUAUAUGCCGUAUAUAGCUGCACAAUUACGGCCGUCAUUCUACACUAUGAUACCAGCAGGGCUAUGUGUUGGCCUUGGAGGCGGACCCCUUUGGUGUGCGAAGUGUACUUAUUUAUCUGUGGUAUCUGAGGCUCACAGCAAGUUAUCAAAUAUAUCAGCGGAAGCAUUGUUGGCGCGAUUCCUUGGUCUUUUCUUCAUGAUAUUCCAGUUGAAUCAAAUUUGGGGAAAUCUUAUCUCGUCGCUUGUCUUAUCUUCGGGUGAUAAUCACGCUGCGGUGACCGCGAUCAACGCGACCAUGAUCCCAGAAAUCUGUGGAGCGAAUUUCUUGCCAAGCGCUGAUGCUGCAAAGACCUUACAGCAGCAGCCUUUUGAGAAGAUUCAGCUCUUAUCUGGCAUAUAUCUAGCGUGCAUGGCGGCUGCAGCCCUAAUUGUUGCAAUCGGGGUAGACUCUAUGACGAGAUACGACACUGAUCGCGCUAUCAAACUAAUGGGAGGUGGUGAAAUGCUUAUGGCGACCCUAAAGCUAUUAGCGGAGCCCAAGCAGAUUAUGCUGAUAACCAUCAUGGUCUUCACCGGAUUACAAAUGGCUUUCUUCGGAGCUGAUUUUACAGCGGCGUUCGUGUCAUGUGCAGUCGGUACGGGAACAGUUGGCUAUGUGAUGCUGACCUGUGGUGUUGCUAAUUCUAUAGGAUGCUUUGUUACCGGAUAUAUUGCUAAGAUAACUGGGCGGAUGCCUCUGGUAUGCGCCGCCACUGUGCUUCAUAUGGGUCUUGUGGCCACAAUACUACUGUGGAAGCCUCAAGCGAACAUGAGCUACGUGAUGUACAUCAUCGCUGUGCUGUGGGGACUCUGUGAUUCCGUCUGGCUGGUGCAGAUUAAUGCAUUAUUUGGAAUCCUUUUCCCGGGAAGAGAAGAAGCUGCCUAUUCAAACGCUCACCUCUGGUCAUCUGUCGGCUUUAUCAUAGCCUACGUGAUUUCGCCCCAUCUCCGUACAAGUUCCAAGGCCUAUCUCCUUGGUACCACAAUGCUUGUCGGCGUUUUUCUGUACUUCAUAGUGGAAUUCCAAGUGAAGAAGGAAAGAGAAGUGAAGGAAACCAAAGCGCCUGUUAAGGGUUUAGAUAAUAAGGCGUACUCUAUUGCAGAAUAAGACAGGUCUGCCAUUUUCUAAUAAUUCCAAGUCAAAUGUGUUGUUUAUUAGUUACUUAAGUUGAACAAAUGUCGUUUAUUUAGUAAAUUUGCUUGUUUUUUUUAUUAUUAAUGCCAUUGUCUGUUUUUGCAAUCUUUAGUUUUGUGCAAACAUCCGAUUAUUAGCUUUUAAUAUUAAUAUAAUUAAUAUUUAAUAUAAUUAAUAUUUAUUUAACUAAAUUCUAAAUAUUUUUUAUGAAAGAUAUUCAUGAGAAUCUUGCUAGUGCGCAUGUGCCAUGGUUGCUCUAUUGACUCGUUCAGUUAAUUACGAAGUCCUGCUCCACUCGUAUUUGACCAUUACACCGGCUCAAAUAAGCUACAUGCGCUCAAAGUGGCCAAUAUAAGUCUUUUGUAUUAGCUUAUAAUGAUAGGCUGGGCUACGAACUACAUAAGAAAGCAAACAUACAUAAUAUUGUUUUUACCACGAGUAUUAAAUUGGGCUGUGGUUUGUUGUAGAACAUUAGCUGUAUCGAUUACAUUUUGAAUUUAGUUAUCUACGAUCGUAAUAAUGGUUUUAUUCGGUGGCGUAAAAACUCUUUUUACGAUGUGAUAUUUUCUACUGAAAUUGUAUUAAAUUAUGAACUUAUUUUGAUAACCAUUCCUUUAUAAGUUCACGCCUGUUGCAAAAUGAUUUGUCAUCACCGCACUAUGGAAAAUAGUAGAAAAACGUCAUUUAAUUUUUUGUUACUUGUUUGGGUGUUUGUCAUAGGGUUGCGACCCUUGGCUUUCGAACCCUGCUCUGGAAAUAUGUACGUCCUUUACGGGUAAAGUACAUGUAUAUGUGUCAUUUGUACAGAAAUUCCAUUCGAUCACGUACUCACCACUCAGAAAAGACGGCAUAGUGCUCAGAGUUAUUUUUUGAUAGAUCUGAUUGAAGCGAACAGAUCCAAGUCAUUUUUUGCGGAUUUAAAAAUAACAUAUUCCAUAAAACGAUAUUUGAUAUGACGUUUCAACAACUUAAUUCAACAGUAGAAUUCUUUACAAUAUAUAGACACGGCCUUAGACUAAUUUAAAGUUUAAAUUUGACUUAUUCAUCCAUCCAUUUGGAAAUUUUCUGGUCACGUUCCACUAAAACCGAAGUAUAUAAUAGACAUUUACAACAUGUAGUAAAACUACAAUUCAACCAUGUGGUAUUAGUGAGUUUCAAUUUGUUAAUGGAAAUUGGAAACUUAAUAAACUGAUUAAAUAAAUACUAUUAGUUUUACACACGUUUUUAACUUCGAUAUUGUAUUUUGAAGUCUUGCAAUUCCGUUUGUACUUCCAGAAUAUACCUACUUACUUAUUUCAGAACUUCAUAAAUAAAACCCGGAACUCCGUAAGUUAAAAAAUCGUAUAGCGAUUUCUCGCCUCGUCUAUUACUUACGGUCGGGCCCCUCUUUAUGUUUCUAAGUCCGGUGAUGUAUCCGCCCUUUCUUUAUCAUAAGCGAAUUAGGUAAAACGCGUGUGUGCGGCGGUCGCGUUAAUAUAAAAAAGUAUAUUUUUGAACAAAGAUUAUUUGAAAAUUAUUGUUAAGUUCUUUGAAAAUCGGAAAUAGAAAAAUGAUUCAAAAAGUGCACAGUUAUGUAAUUAUAUGAUUUGUAAUUAAGUGAAUUGAAAUUAAAGGAUUGGAAA